GACGCUCCUCCCGGAGAGUAGUGAGACCCCUGGUGCGGGACGAUUGGCGGCGGGAGGGAUGAGUGGCAGCCACUCGGCCCAACGGACGUUGUGCGUGGGCCGCGGGGCGGGGCCAGGGCGGGUGCGCGGCGGCGGCGGGGUGGCUGGGCCGGCGGCGGCGGCGGUACGAGGCGCGCGCUCGGGGUCCCGGUCGCGAGGAGGAGGAGGAUGUGGCGCGCGGAGGGGAAAUGGCUGCCGAAAACAAGCCGGAAGAGCGUUUCCCAAAGUGUAUUCUGCGGAACUAGCACCUACUGUGUUCUCAACACCGUGCCACCUAUAGAAGAUGAUCAUGGGAACAGCAAUAGUAGUCAUGUAAAAAUCUUUUUACCGAAAAAGCUGCUUGAAUGUCUGCCGAAAUGUUCAAGUUUACCAAAAGAGAGGCACCGUUGGAACACUAAUGAGGUAGAUAAAUUUCUGUUUUUAAGGGUAUAACUAUUUUAAAGGCAAACUUUCUAGGCUAUUCUCAUGGCACUCCUUUAUAUUAACUUGAAAUUCAAAAAAUACUGAAUUAGAAAAUUGUCAAUGAGAUUAAUCUGGAUUGGACAGGAACCAACAUGUGUCCUGACCUGUCUCUGAUCUGCUUGGCUUGCAUUGAAACGUAAAAUGUGCACACUGACUUAACCAGGGUAACAUGAGUUUCUGUGCUGUGUGUUUUCUUGCCUUUUGGCGUCUUGCAUUUGGUGGUUAACCCUACCUGCUUCUCAUUUAAACAUUAACAUUAGUUCCGUGUUGUCAUGAAUGAAUGAAUGUGCAGCCCCAGUGUUUCACAGAAAAUACAGCGCUUUGACAAUGAGAAGUUUCUAUAAUUGGGAAGAACAGGCUCCUUAUGAGCAAAACAUCUUUAGUCCUCUCUGGUGAAGAAAGUUUGCUUGGAGAAUUCUCUGAGUUACCUUAAUGAUAGGAAUUUUUAUUAGGACCAAAGGCAGUAAUAAUAGAUUAUAUAUUUGGCAUGCAGAUAAAAAGUAGAUCGAUGAAAUAGAGUGAACAGAAGUUUAUCUUCUUGGAUGAUGUUUCCUUUUUUGGUAAAUUUUAAUAUGGGACCAUAUUACCUUGUCUGAAUUUUUAAAUUUAGGAUAAUAGCCAUUAGUGUGGUGAUAAGAAUUGGAUAUGUGUCUAUUUCAAUUUAAGGUAAUACUAAUUACUGUGCUGCUGAGAAUUUGGUAUAUGGCCAUCAAUAUGUGAAUUAUAUUCCUUUAAGUUCAAAUGGCUGGAGUUAACUAGUUUUGACAAGUUGGUCUAGUUCCAUUCCUGUUGCUGGUUCAACAUUUACUUCCAAUUUAGGUUAAAAUAUAGCUUCCUACCCUUGAUAGUUACUCAGCUUUGUUAGGACACAAGAAGAAAACAGUGUUGUUGAGCCUUAAUUUUGAAAGAUUCUUUUGUUUCAACUUAACUCGGGAAUGCUUUUGUUUUUGAGUUAUGGGAGGUUAAAUGGAUGAAAGUCUCUUUACUUUUCACAAGUUAAGCAUUUAAAUACUAGAACCUUUCAGCUUUGCUACCUUGUCUUAAUUGAUUUUUAAAUCUCUCUUAAGGUAUAUGUAUUUUGAUUAUUUGCAUAAAUGGUAC